AUGGAACCAGGCAAUGAUACACGAAUUUCAGAGUUUCUUCUUCUGGGACUGUCAGAAAAGAAACCAGAACUGCAUCCCCUCCUAUUCGGGCUUUUCCUCUCCAUGUACCUGAUCACCGUGUUUGGAAACCUGCUCCUCAUCCUGGCUGUCAGCUCUGACUCCCACCUCCACACCCCCAUGUACUUCUUCCUGGCCAACCUGUCCUUUGCAGACAUCUGCUUCACCUCCACCACCGUCCCUAAGAUGCUGUGGAACAUCCAGACUCAGAGCAAAGUGAUCACCUAUGCAGGCUGCAUCACGCAGAUGUAUUUUUUCAUACUGUUUACAGGAUUAGACAUGUUCCUCCUGACUGUGAUGGCUUAUGACCGCUUUGUGGCCAUCUGUCACCCCCUGCACUACAUGGUCAUCAUGAAACCCUGGAUCUGUGGACUGCUGGUUCUGGUGUGCUGGGUCCUGAGUGUCUUGGAUUCCUUGUUACACACUUCCAUGGUGUUGCUGCUGUCCUUCUGUACAGAGGUGGAAAUCCCCCACUUUUUCUGUGAGCUCAAUCAGAUGAUAAAACUGUCUUGUUCUGACACCUUUCUCAAUAAUAUGGUGAUGUAUUUUACCAGUAUGUUGCUGGCUGUUGGUCCCUUCAUUGGGAUCCUUUACUCUUACUCUAAGAUAGUUUCCACCAUAUGUGGGAUCUCAUCAGCCCAGGGCAAGUAUAAAGCAUUUUCCACCUGUACAUCUCACCUCUCAGUUGUCUCCUUAUUUUAUUUUACAAGCCUAGGAGUGUACCUGAGCUCUGCUGCUACCCAGAGCUCCCACGCAAGUGCAGUGGCCUCAGUGAUUUACACGGUGGUCACACCCAUGCUGAACCCCUUCAUCUACAGCCUGAGGAACAAAGACAUAAAGGAGGCUCUGAUGAGAUUUUCUGGGAUGGCAGCUCUAAAAGAGACAAUCCUCCUGAAGCUGAAGAUGUGCCCGUGAUUCCUGGGCCCAAAGCCUGAUCCAAAAUUUGAGUUACUGUAAUCAUUGUGGAAGUGGAACAUACCUCUUUCAUUUUUUUCUAGGAAUUUCUAUUGUUUUCUCUUUUACCUCUGCAUAAUUUACAUAACUCACUUCAUUAACCUUUGUGAUUACUCUGACAUCCAAGAGAUUUUCCCUUUGUCAUUUUCCUACUCUCUCAAUAUCAUUCCUAAUCUCAGAUGUGAACUAUUUGGACAUUCUCACUUAUCCAAAGGACUAUAUGACUCUAUUAACAAUAAUUUCUGCUCAAAGAAAAUAUUUCAUACUAUUUUUUUCUUUUGUGUGACUAAAUAUUGCACCUAUGGGAAAUCUACUCUUGGCCACCACACCUAUUAAUAUAAGUUUAUAACAGAAAAAUAUGAGACUACCGUGCUUCAUUUUGUGAACAUCAUUUCUUUUUAUAUUGCUACGUUAACCACUCUUUCUGAGAAUGCAGACUUUGAUGUACUGGUGGUCAUAGUUAAUCAUGGGAAAUUUUCUACAUAUAGGAUCUUGUCCCAUUACGUAGCUUGUGCCCACCAUGCCUACCAUAGUCACUGGCAAAAUAAAUAAAUAAAUAAAAGAUAAAAAAAUACAUGUCUCCACGUGGAAUCUACCCAGAAAGAGAAAUAUGGAUGAAACAGAGUAACAAUAUAUGGCCUUAGAAUCAACCUUGGCUUUAAGUACAAUAAACCAAACAUUAAGACACACAUUUAUUGCUAUGUAAAAUAUUUCUUUUUCAGGCACCUCAUGUAUUCAUUCAAUUAUGGCACAUCAAAGUCCGUUUGUAAAGUAUAUUCAUCAAGAUGAAAAACUUGGCAUGUUUGGGUGUUCUAUUAAAUUACUUUCUGGAUUCUGGUUAAAAUUUUCCAGUGCUACGUACAAAUAUGAUUUCUUCCAUUUCUCUAAAUGAAGUAUCUCCUACUAUUCAAAAUUUUUCCAUAACCUCUAAAGGAUCAGUGAAUGAACAUUAUCAGUAUCGCUCAUUAUAUAUGAUCCUCAUAACCACAGGAGAGCUCACCAGCAAGCUUGGAUCCUGUCCAGGAUGUGAUUCAGAGUCACAGGUUCUGUGCACACAUGCAUGUCCUUCCAGCCUUUCCAUGUAACCUCAGAGGGGUUUCAAUGGAGUCGUUUUUAUAAUCCAGUUACAUGUCAUAAAUUUGAAGAGCAGAGUCAUCUUGAAAGCUAAUUUCAAGUGUCAGAACAAAUGCUUAAUAAAAAGAAUCAGAUUAUUACAAAUGUCAUGUGCUCUGCAUGAUUUGAUUACUAUAUCACUUAGCUAUUGCUGCAUACAAAGCAUCCUAAAAUAAAAUGGCUUAGGAUUGGGGUGCCUGGUGAUUCAGUUGGUUAAGCAUCCGACUUUGGCUCAGAUCAUGAUUCAGGUGUCCAGGAAUCUAGCUUCUUAUCAAGCUCCUUAC